GUCAACGACACCAGUUCCUCUGCGUGAGACUUACGCUUAUCACCGGCUUCACUGCCAGCCACGCAACUCACAUUUCAGCUUGUCAUUUUCGCCCCAAACUUGACGACUUUUGCCCGCCAUGGCUCCUUCAAAGUGGGAUGACGAAGAGGAGAGUGUCUCUCCCCCUCCUGUGGUUGCCCGCCGCAAGUUCGACGAUGAGGAAGAGGAGGAUGUCCUCGACUCCUGGGACGCCGCCGAAGAUUCCGAAGUAGAGCGCGAGAAGGCCGCCAAGGCAGCGGAGGCCAAGGCCAAGGCCGAAGCCGAAGCCGCCGCCAACAAGAAGAGCAAGGCACAGCGGAUACAGGAAAAGAAGGCCCAGCGGAAGGCAGAUGCCGAUGCUGAGACUUCGGACGACAGCGACGAGGACGAGGCCGAGCGGAGAGCCCGUCUCCGCAAGACCGAGAAGGACGCUGACCUUAAGCACGCCGAGGACCUCUUCGGUGACAUCGACCUGAACCGUAUGCGCAACCGCAGCGCCCCCAAGGCCGUGGUCAUCAGUGACUCGGCCGACCCGACCCAGGCCGUCGAUCUCUCGGCUAUGCCUCUCUUCAAGCCCGCCACCAAGGACCAGUUCACCCGCGUUACUACCACCCUUAUCCCUCUGUUGACCACUCAGUCGAAGAAGCCCCAGUAUGCUCUGUGGGCGCAGGACUUCAUCAAGCAGCUCGUCAAGGACCUGCCCAGUGGUGAUGUCAAGAAGAUUGCUUCUUCGCUGACUACCCUCAGCAACGAGAAGAUGAAGGAGGAGCGUGCUGCCGAUAAGGGUAACAAGAAGACCAAGGCGGCCAAGACCAAGGUCUCCCUGGUCACCUCUAGAGAGAACAGGAUUGAAACCAACUCUUAUGAUGAUGAUGGGUUGGAUGACGAUGACUUCAUGUGAUUUUGUUAUUUAGAACAUUUAUAUUUCCUUUUCUUCUUUUUAUCCCACCAACCAAUCCCCUUAACUUACUUGCCUUCAUUUGCUUCUACUUUCUCGUCUAUUAUUUUUCUAUGCUCUUCUCAGUUAUCCACUCUAUAUCUUUGCUAGACCGGCUUGCGCCCUGACAUGCAUCAUAUAAAACCAUGUUCAUUCGUCCUCAUCUGUUUUGUAUAUCCAUCAUAUAAAAUUGUCUCCUUUGUUUU